CGUCAUUGUCCACGUCAAGUCUCUUUUUUUGCUACAUACACUCAUGCCUGACGACUGGGGUCGCGACUCACCUCCUGAUGCUUCGAGCGGAGUCCUUCUCGUCGCUGACUCUAUCACAAUCAACGCGUCUGUCGAAAAAGUCUGGUCAACCCUCCUGGAUUUCAAGUCGUACAAAGAAUGGAAUCCGUUUGUCCGCAACCAAACUAUCCUAGACGCGACCUCCCAAACACCACUCUCUGACCAAACGCCCACGCUCGGUGCAUUUGUCUUAAUCAAACCAGUUCAUAUUCCAGCAACGUUUGACUCGUCUACUCUCUGGCCGUGGCAAAAAUCCUCCGUACGCGCGACGAUAACUCACAUUGACCAUGAAAACCACCGCAUUGCGUGGAGAAUGACUGGCGUACCAACGUUUUUGCUUGAUGCUGAGAGGUGGCAGACGGUUAGGAGGAGAGAUGAUGGGGAAACGGAGUAUGCGACGUAUGAGGUCUUUCGAGGGUGGUUGGCUUAUGUGGUCAGGUUGUUGGUAGCGCCGGGUUUGAAGAAAGCGGUUCGGGCUAUGGCGCAGGGGUUGAAGGUGAAGGCCGAAGCCCAGUAGGAGGUGUCACGUUGGGGCAGUGGUCUCGUUUUAUCAUCGAAUGUCUUCAAAGGACAAGGUUUAUAUCUCUUGAAUGUGAAACCUAUCGUACAUAUCUGAAGGCGCGUCAGACCCCUUCAAACCCUGGGGUAAACAUCCGCGAGUUUGUAACGUCAACAAGUACGGGGAGAGCCACAAAGUUAGAGUCCGCACGGCAGCACUUUGCGACUAUGAAGAGAAUUGGGGCCGACCCGUUGAACGCGUCUCGUGCAGGCAUGUCGUCAAUACUGCCUGCUUCAUUUUCACCGAACUCCAUAAUUGGUCCCACCGUGACUUCAAGGCGUCAGCAAGCACAACUGUCGUUUCUACGUUUCGUGAUGGAUUGUUCGAUGAUGCCGCCUCCUCUCAGACCCUUUGGGCUUUAACGUAUUGUCAGGCAUUACCGACGUCUUGCAGGGUGUAGGUCCAUAUCGUACUUCAUAUCACAGUUCAUAAAUACACUCACUUCAGAUACUUAAUCUCCGUUCGUCGGAAAUAGGAGACUUGCGAUGACCCAAGGUUCGGCGGUUUCCAUUCCAAUAUGUUCGGGUUGGCGUUAUAGAAUGAUUUUUUCGAUGAGGG